UUCUCUGAGAUUUGCCUUCCAACCGCUUUAAAACCGGAGCUCUCUGUCAAACGACUGACAUGCAAACGCCGGUAAUUUGCUUGGGUCCGCUGCAUUCAACUCUGUUCCAUUCCACUGUUGUGACAACAAACCCAUGCUGGUAUGUUUAAUGUAGAAACAUAAGAAUUUCACGGUCGACGGACCAAUCCAGGAAUGACUGCUUAACCAGUGCUGUGGUGUAUAACCCUGUGUUCAUGUGAAGAACAUCGUACCACUACCGUGACUUCAAAGCGGGUCAUUAAACUUUAUCAUCCGUUACAAACGCCCUGUGUUCUUCUGGAGCGGUUGCCCUUUGGUGCUGCGCCCUUGCAAUGUUCCUCCUGUUGUUUUCAAUAGGACUGGCGUUGAACGUUGCGCACGGGGAGUUCUACAGAGGGAAGGAGGGGUACCGCCUCAUCAACUCGGGGGGUUCGAACUCGGAAUGUUCCCGGAGUGAUUGUUCCCUUUCGCGAUCUGAAUGUGCAGUUCUUUGUAGUCAAGAGAACUCGACAUGCGCGAGCUUCAACUACAAGCCAGCGGAUGGUUCCUGUGUUCUGAAUCCAGGGGAGCUGUACACCUUUGACGCAAAGUUUGAGGAGAACCUGUCCUGGGCCUAUUAUGGACCCGUUGCCAAAGAAGUCAGCAGCAACGAGUGGACGCUGGUCUUCAAGGCGGUCAGUGGGUCUGGUAUAAACUUCAUAGAGUCCUGGUCACAGCCUGGGGUGGCACAUGACCUGGAGCUGACCAAUCAGAACCCUGCUUCCUUCUCGAAGUAUGCCGCAUCCUCAAGCUACCCUUUCUAUCGGUCUCACUGGUUGGAUGAUUGGUCGACGGCAGGGAUCAAAGAGGUGAAGCUGGGACUGUACGAGAACGGUACAGAGGUGUUGUCCAUGACGUUUGACGGCGUGGCCAGUAGCAGGGACGACUGGUUCUCCUACGCCCGACUACGCACGCAUCCCUACACUGUAGAUCUACCAACCUUUUCGCCAACCUUCUUCUCUAUCCAAGGGCAGUUGUUCCGGAAGUUCUACAUCUCGAUGUCGGGAGUCUUCAACAACUGCAACAACUUCGGCUGGCUCAUCGUCACAAACAUGGUGGCCAACGUUUGCAACUUUGACAAGGAGAGUCCCAAACCCCAGUUCCUCUAUGCUAAAGGUUCGGAGGGCACAGAGUUCCAAAACAAAGAGUAUGGAAAAGCAGAGGCCCUUGCAGUCUUUGUGAAGUUUGUGUGAAGACGGGAUGUGAAGUAAAAUCUUAACACCAAUGUGAAGGUCUGAGCACAUCAUUUGGCAAUAAAGGGUUUCUCCUUAA